UUAACAUGGGAGAAGAAGUAAGUUAGAUUUUGAUAAUGAUUAAUAUAUCAUGAAUAUUAUUUUUUUACCAUUUAUUCUAUUUCACUGGUUGAAAUCAUGAGUCAGUUGAAGCUAGACCACUGUGGAAGACCUGAAAGCACUGGGGUCCUCGGUUCGAAUCUCGUGGGGUGCGGGAUCGUGGAUGCGCACUGCUGAGGAGUCCCAUACUAGGACGAAACGGCCGUCCAGUGCUUACAGGUUUUCCAUGGUGGUCUAGGUUCAAUUGACUCAUGGUUUCAACCAGUGAAAUUUCUAAAAUCUCAACAAAACCCCUUCUGACAUUUAUUCUAUUGCAAAAAAUUAUAUUGAUUACCAAGCGAGUAAAGUUGAGUGUUAAAUAUUAAAUAUGGUUAAUGGUCAGAAUAGUGUAAAGAAAAGGUAAGUACAUCUAACUGAAUUAUUGCUAGUUGUGAUAAGGAGUGGAAGUUUUUUUACAUAUCAAAUCUAAUAACAUAACAACGAUGGGUUAUUAUGUUUGAGUAACUAUAUUGAACCUAAUACUUUUAUUAAAUAUCAAACUCUGUCAUAACUGUAUGGAAGAAAUAUAGAGAGUUCUGUCUAACAACAAAUAUGUUUAUUGAGAAAGAUUUCGUCUACGAAAACUAAACAGUGUUACCUACUGUAGUACUGUGAAAGCAAUCCUACUGUUCCAGUUGUACAGUUAUAAAACCAAAUAAUUAAAAGAUGAUAUAUCUUACAUCAUUAUAUAUAGUUUCUUCAUAUCUUUUGAUAAUCUACAGCCAUAUCCCUCUAGGUAGCUACUUUGUAGUUAAAUUUACUUUUUGUAAGAAUACUUUGAUUUUACUUGAGUUAUUUGUUAAGAAUGUAUUGAAUAAUAGAUAAAGAGGCAAUUUUAAUGAGUUGAAUAAAUCUUUUCAGGUACUCAUGGUUUUUCUGAGAUUUAUUUUCCUUCUAGUGGUUUCUUUCCUUUCACAAAAAUGGCGAUUAGUCAUUAUUCCUGUUAAAUGUCAUAAGCCACUUAAACCGUACUAUUCCGACAGAAUUGCUUGUAUUAUGUCUUAGACAACAACUCAGAAUACAAGCAUUCAAAUAUUAUUAAAGACAUUAUAGAGAUUUAAUCUUUAAAGACUUAUACUUUUAACAGCUUUUAAGAAAGUGAACUGAUAUCAGUCGACUAGGUGCUGCCAUUUAUCCAGUACUAAUUGUUAUUAAAAUCUUUGUUUACAGAGUAGAUAGGAAAUUGCAAUACAGUGAGUCGAACAUAACACCCUAUAUAACUGAGAAAAUAAAAUAAAAUUUGAUUUAACAUUCAUCUGCUAUAAAUUAUUCAUGAGAUGACUGGGAAAAUCAUUAAGCGUGAUUUAUAUGUGUCAACGAGAUGAAAAGAUCCCACAAUAUUGAGCAAACUUAACUGAUUAGAUUAGAGGUGGGAACAUUAAAACAAGUGGUAACCCCUGGAAAUACGUUUGAAAGUGAACACGAAUGUGAUAACUAGUAUUCGAAACCAAAUUCAAUAUCCUUUCAAAACAACAUGAGGUGGUGAAGUAGGCUAAUUUCUCGACAUUAGUAACAUAAUUGGUCUCACCAGAUUUUAGAAUAUAGCUUUUACAUUAAGUUAUUGUUUUCAAUUUUUUGAUAAUUAGGAAACUCAACAAAAGUAAAAAAAAAUUUUAACUACUGAAUUGUUUUCUUAAUUAUUCACUUGAGAUUUCCUAUAUAAUAUUCACCAAUACAAGAGAAUAGAAAUUCUAAAAUCCCUUAUUUAAAACCCCAAUAAAUGAACUUCUGUUAUUACCUUAAACGAAAUUAUUAUUUUAUCAGAGGAUUAUUCGUAUUUUUAUCGUUACAAUUACUGUUAUUACAUAUCAUAUGUGAAUACAUAACAAAUGUUUAAAUGGACAGAGAGAUUAUUGACUUAUUAAGCGCUUAAGUAUCCGUAUUUACGGACUUUCAUGAAAUUUUUGUUUAGAAUAUAUACUGUCGCUUUGCAGUAUGUUAAUUAAUUGAUCAUAGUUGAAAUGAUCCAUUAAGUAGAUAGAAGUUUUCAAACAUUACCUGUUAGUAGUCCUGCUUAUUUCACUAAAAAUAUGUCUAACCAAUAGAUGAAUACAUCAAAAAUAUACUGCAUAGAACAUUUGGAUUAUACUAUUGUGUCUAAAAAUCACUACGAAUAUUGUCAGUCAAUCUUAAAUUGCUUCCAACUUUAAUUCUGUCCAUUUAUUUCUACCUGAAGUUUGUGCUGAUGAUGUCGUUUAGAAGAACGAUGAAAGCUCCACGACCAAACCAUCCAGCUCAGAGAACAAAACUCCAUCAAAAUCAUUUAGUUGUCGAUAUUCACCUUCUUCCGUUUAUAUUCUUCCCUAUCUGAGUAGUUAUACACUUCUUACUACACAAUUUUAGUAAAUUUUAUUGAUUAUCAUCUGUGUUGAACUACUGAAUGAAAAUUUAAUCCUUUUACUUCUCUUAUCGCAACUAGCACAUCUACAUUUCUACUAAUAGCUGGUAUUUUUUUCUGCCUAUUAUAUGUAGCUAUGCAAUCUACUUCAUAUUGAGAAUUGAUUCAAAUUGCCCUUAUUGGUUAAAUAGUUUCAUAUAUCCAUAUAAAUAUUCUUGAAUAUUACAGUAAAGCCUGAUAACGAUCUCGUUGUGUGCUGUUCUAGUUUUCGUGAUUACCGCCUAUCGAAACAUAUAUGGUGUUCCUUCAAACAAUAAUUCACAAUUACAAUCUAUUUAUUCGUUUUUUGGCGCCAUUGACUACUUAAUCAAAAUACUAUUUUGACAUCAGAUAAAUAUCUGUAGGAGUUUAACUCAACGGUAACACUUACGUAUCUGAAUAAUUAUUCUGAAGAAAUUUAUAGCUCUUUAAUUUAGAUAACAAAUUAUAAGUGGAUGAGUUUCAAUGAAAUAACUUACUUUGGAUCCUAGAAAGUUGAUGCAUUACAACGAAGGUGAAUUCCUCGUAAGUAACAAUCUAUGAAAUAAGUUUAAUUACAUCAACCAAUAUUCAAGUUACCUCUUAUCAUUCCCACCCAUACCAAGAAAUCAGUCUCUUAUUCAAAUAUAUUUCAGAUAAAUUAUGCGAGAAAAGAGUCAUUUGACGUAGACUGAUACAAGUCUAAUAUAAUCUAUAUAGUUACUUGGAAAAUACAGAUUCCUAUGAAAGAUAUCUCCAUCCUUUUUCUAACCGAAUCAGUUAAGUGUUAAAAUCACAUGUUAAUUAUAAGUGAGCUAUAUCAUCAUUAAUCAUAUCAAAGUUAUUAGUUUUAACAUAUUAACUACCUCUAUGCAACAUAUAAACCCAUCUUUUUUCUUCUAUAACUCAUUGAAAAUCAUUUUAGAAAAAGGAAAAGAAAGAAAAGAAAGAGAAGAAGGAGAAAAAAGAAAACAAAGAAGAGGAUGCAGGAGCUCCAGCAGAAGAUAAAAAAGAGACAGCAAGUAGUGGAGGUGGUGGUGGUGGUAAACGAGCUCAAAGAGCUACUUCAAAUGUUUUUGGAAUGUUCCCUCAAAAUCAAAUCCAAGAAUUUAAAGAGGCCUUUACGUUGAUCGAUCAAAAUCGUGACGGAUUUAUUGAUAUUGAAGAUUUAAAAGAUAUGUACGCAUCGUUGGGUCGGACACCAACUGAUAAAGAAUUGAAAGAAAUGUUAGAUGAAUCACCUGGUCCAUUGAAUUUCACAAUGUUUAUCAACUUAUUCGGUGAAAAACUAAAUGGUACUGAUCCUGAAGACGCACUACGUAAUGCAUUUGCAAUGUUUGAUCCAGGGAACAAACGAUAUUUGGAAGAAGAAUACAUCAAAGAUCUUUUAGAAAAUAUGGGCGAUAAUUUCUCUGCUGAAGAGAUAAGACAAACGUGGAAAGAAGCUCCAAUUAAAGAAGGCAAAUUGGAUUACGAUGCAUUUGUAAAUCUCAUAAAGAGAGGCAAUCAAGACAUUUAG